GUAGCUUUCCCAUUGCUAAGCGAUCAAGCAAGGAAUUCGGACGUUUGAACAAAAAAAUAAAUAAAAAGUUACAGAAUUUGUUGGCCUAAAUUGUUGUCGGGAAAAAAGUUUUGUAUUUUUUCUAAAGUUUAUUUUAAAGAAGUUUGUGUAUUUUUGUUGGUAAAAUGCUUCCGGUUAAUGUAAACAAGGACGCGGCCGCCAUGAAGGAAUCCUAUCACAAGGAAUCCCAAGACAAGAAAUCCCUGAAGGAAACCAUUGACGAAUUCCUUAAGCAAUACCCCAAGGAAUCCGUCAAGGAAACCCCCACACAGGAAUCUCUCAAGGAAUCUAUCAAUAAAUCUUUCAAGGAAUCCGUCAAGGAAUCACUUGAGGAAUCCCUUAGCGAAUUACCCAAGAAAUCCCCUAAGAAAUCCCCCAAGAAAGGUCUUAAAGAAUCUCUCAAAGAAUUCCCCAAGGAAACCCCCAAGGGAUCCAUAAAAGAAUCUCUUGAGGAAUCUCCCAAAAGAUCCCCCAAGGAGACCUUUAAGCAAGAAUUGCUAAAGGAAUCUAACAAGAAAUCUCUCAAGAAAUCCGCGAAGGAAUCGGCCAAGGAAUCCCCCAAGAAGACACUCAAGGAGACCCCCAAGGAGACCCCCAAGGAGACCCCCAAGGAAACCCUCAAGGAAACCAUCAAGGAAACCCUCGAGGAAUCCCCCAAGGAAUCCCCCAAAGAAAGCCCCAAGGAUACCUUCAACCAGGAAUUCCUCAAGGAAUCCAUCAUUAAGACCCCCAAGAAGACCCUAAAGGAAUCCAAUGAAACCCUCAUAAAAUCCCCCAUAGAAACUCCCCUAGAAACUCCCCUAGAAACUCCCAUAGAAACCCAUAAAGAAACCCCCAAGGUUACCAUCAAAGAAUCUCGUAAGGAGACCCUCAAGGAAUCUCCCAAAGAAACCACCGAAGAAACCCCCAAAGAAUCCCUCAUAAAAGAAUCUUUUUACGAGGAAACCUCCGCUGAUAUUCUCAAUGAGAAUAUCCGCAAUGAGACGCUUUAUCUAGAUGCCAUUGAAGCCACUUCAGAUACUUUACCCUCGCUUCUUACAGAUACCACUGUCUUCGAGGAGUUCGGUUCUCAACUGGAGUUUUUCCAACGAUCCAAGGAGAUCGCCGACACCUUCAACUGGACCAUCUUGUUCCAGCCGAACCGCUUGCCUCCUCGCUUGGAGCGUCUCAUCUACUGGCGUGAGUUUACAAAAUCCGGCUUGACUUUCGUCGGUGGAUUGUCCCUUCUCCUGGCCCUCAACCGCUUCUCGGUUAUAUUUGUGGUGCCCUUCUUGCUGCUGCACCUGAUGCUGGGAUCUGUGACACUGCGCAUGUUCAAAACGGUUAUGCGCACCGCCAAUAUCCCUUACAUAGCUCAUGAUCUGCUUGAUUACGACAACUUGGUGCUGAUCCUGUCGCGGGAGAAGGUGCAGAAUGUGACCGGUUCGUUGGCGAAGGGAUUCAAUGACUUGCUAGGCCAUCUCAUAAAUUUGUUUCUAUUUAAAAAUGCCUGCGACUCGAUGCACUUGAGCAUUUUUCUAGUCUCGCUGGCCAUGCUGGGGAGAAUGAUGAAUGGCAUGACCAUGGCCAUUUCGGUUUAUAUUUUUAUGUUUACCAUUCCAAAGUUAUACGAGCUGAACAAGUCUUUCGUUGACCACAAACUGGAGUGCAUGCGGAAGUACCUGACCACAGUGGUCCACAAGUUCCGUGAGGCCCUUGAACACUAGACAAGGCACAAGAUAUUUACAAGAAACAAAAAAUGUAAGAAAAUAAUUGUAUAAGCUUUUUUGGCCAAUAUUAUUACUGAAAUAAACGUUACUUUUGGAGGAUUCUUAUAUUAAAUAAAUAAAAA